AUGGCCACCGACGAGAUCCGCAAGAAGGACAAGAAAGAGAAGAAGGACAAGAAGCGCAAGUCGGAGGACAUUGAAGACGGCGCGGCAGAACCCACACCAAAGAAGAGUAAGAAGGAAAAGCGCAAGUCGGAAGUCGCCGUGAUCGAGACUCAGGAUGAUUCGGUCAUGGAUGUCGAUGCAAAGGCAGAGGAUGACAAGGAGAAGGGCAGCAAGGCGGUAAUUGCCGUCCCACUUGCUGCGCUUGUGCCGUUUGCGAACCCACUGGCGGACGACAAGAGCCAGAAGAAGGUCUUGAAGGCUGUGAAGAAGGCCGCCAAACACAAAACGCUCAAACGCGGCGUCAAAGAAUGCGUCAAAUCCAUCCGCAAAUCACCACCCGCUACACCCGCAACCCUCGGUUCCUCUACUCUCCCACCUGGCAUCGUGAUCCUCGCCGCCGACAUCUCGCCAAUGGACGUCAUCUCGCACAUUCCAGUACUCUGUGAGGACCACAACAUCCCAUACGUCUACGUCCCGAGCAGAGCAGAGCUGGGAGCAGCAGGAUCAACAAAGAGGCCGACGAGUGUGGUGAUGCUGACACCGAAUGCGGGAAAGAAGGGUGGCGAGGAUAAUGAGGAGUGGACAGAGGCUUAUAAGGAGUUGCACAAGCUGGCGGUGAAGUUGGGCCAGCAUGUCAAGGUCUGA